AUGUACAUAUUGCCCUCGCAAAAAUACUUUAAGACAAUAGUGAGUGCUGAUACCGACCCUGAAGAACGUCUCCUUGACAGUAGCUUAAUUGAUUUUUACAGAGCAAGCCUCCUUUAUGCCAUUGGGAAUAAUAAUGUCUCCAUUGAUCUGCCCGCCCACAUUUUCCGAGCCAUUUGCCUGGCUGCAACCCCAGAUGACUACUACGAAACUCAUUCCCUGCCUUUUGGGUCGUUGAUCACUAGGUUUGCCAUGGCGUCUAAGGUGCGAGUUGAUCCUACGGAUCAGCUUAAACAACUUAUGCCACCUAUCAACUAG